AUGGCAGAGUACACCUUGCUGUCUUCGACGUCGCCCGGGACCUGGCGAGCAAAUUCGGGCAACGCGUCGAAGUAUCGAAUCUUAGGCGCAAUUGUCGCUCUCAUCAUCCUCCUAUUCACCAUCCGCCAGUUCCAAUCGCACGACGCGGGCCAAUAUACUCUGUCCAAUAAUCAGCUUUCCGAGGAGGUUGUGCUUGAUUCCCCUCAGAUACGAAAAAAUGUUGCUGUGGCAUCGACGUUUGGAUUCCAUUUCGACGUGUAUAUGGCCGUAGUGUGGACACUGCAGCGUGUGAUGAGGGAGGGAAAGGUACAAGUGUAUACACCUGGACCAUUCUACUUUGACUUUCAAAGGAUAGUGGAAACGUACAACCUGUACAAUGGGACGUACAAAUCUUCCGAUACAUUAAUGGAGGAUGUGACAAGUGUUGAAGGGGAUGGAAGUAUCGACUUGAUAAUUCUUGGGACUUGUGAAAUCGAUAUGAAGCAUUGGAGUGAAAAGCUACUGGCAGCAUGGGAUGCUCGUGACACGGCUCACAAAUUUCAGAUCGUGUGUAUCGUUCACAACGUCCAGGAUGAAGCCUGGCAGCCAACAAUUCAAGAAUGGUCACGUAGGAAUGCCAUUAGGCUGAUCCCAAUUUCACAACACGUCGGUAACACUUUCUUGAGAAAAUUUGAAGACCUUGCUAGGAGCACUGAUGUUGCUAUCAAAUCUGCUGGUUACGAAUAUAUCCCAGUUGAUGCUCACAUCCCAAUACUGGACCUCCAAGGUCUUCCAGAGAGGACCUCGAUUAAUCGUCCUUUUUCGAACGCUGUAAUUCAAGGGUCCUUCUCUGCUGAUCGUCGGGAUUACACUCGAAUUUUCGCUGAUCUCAAUCAUUCUCUUCAUGUCGAACCCGAAUCAUGGGGAUAUCUACCACUGGGUGAUGGACCAUCGUUCGUCCAAGACACCAGCAUCGAUCAAAUCCCAUUCAAACUACAUCUCGUUGGAAGCGGGUGGAUUGACGUUCCCAUUGAACUCAAGCAGCUCGUUGUGUUCCACACAAAUCUCAACUAUACCGAGUAUUACCAGCUCAUGAGCGGGAUGGAUACAUGUAUACCUGCAUUCCUCGCAGCUGACGAUACGAACUUCAAAUACCAGGCGAGUUCGAGUAUUGUAAUGUGCCUGGAAACCAACGUUCCGAUUCUGGCAGUACGUGAGCUACGGGAAUCGUACGUUCACAUUGAUGACGACAAAGUCACAAUCAAUCGACCGGCUGUGAUGAGCGAGUUCCAAGCCAUCAAGGUGCUUCGGACGGGAGAUGCAUCAGACUUUCUCGACAGCGAUCCGUCAUCGUCAGGUGUCACUCUAGGAUCUCAUUCACGGAUUCGUCAAGCCGUGCAAGAAUUUGUGCGUGAGGGGUGGGUACGUACGAAAGAAGAUUUUGAUUCGCGUAAGAAACUUAUAUUAAAAGAAAAUGAGAGAAUCGUCUUGAAGAUUCUACAAGAUCGGGUGUAG